AUGUUUGGGCUAGGAGGAUUGCUAUAUGUCAUUGUGUUAUUCAUCAACUCGAUCUGUGUUUUGAGCGAGGACAGGUUUCUCAACAGGAUUGGAUGGGGGAAUAAAAUAGACCAGCAGGCCUUUGGGGGGCCACUGGAGGCCACGAUAAAGUCUCGUUUGAUCAGCUUGAUCUCAGCAAUCAGAACGCUCUUGAAAUGUAUGUGA